CACCAAUUAGUGCACACUUUUUACAUAUCAUCAUCAUCAUCACCAUCAUCUUUCACAUAUAUACCCACUUUAACUCUCUCUCUCUCUCUCUCUCUCUCUCUGUUACAUAUACACAACACAGAAACACAAAAACACUCUGCAUCUGUUUUGUUGCAACACAAGGAAAAACAUCAUAUCAUAGUGGCUCUCCAUGGCUUUUCUUUAAUCUUUUUAGUAAAGAUUUUGUUCUCUUAGUAGAAGAAUGAUGAUGAAUAGAGAGAUCUGAUGAAAUAAACGAUGCCGAACCAGCUAUGGUUUGCACUGCAACUGAUUUAUUAGAGUGGAAAGAAUUCCCAAAGGGUCUUAAAGUCUUGCUGCUUGAUGAGGACACCAGUUCUGCAAAUCAAAUAAGAUCAAAACUUGAGGAAAUGAGUUAUGUUGUUUCUAUGUUUCAUAGCGAGGAUGAAGCAUUAUCGGCAAUUUCAGACAAAUCUAAACGUUUUCAUGUUGCAAUAGUAGAGGUUAGGGCAGACAACGAAGAUGGAAGGUUCAAGUUUCUUAAAAGUGCGAAAGACUUGCCCACAAUUAUGACUUCAGAUGUGAAGUGCAUUAGUACCAUGAUGAAGUGCAUAGCGCUUGGUGCGGUUGAAAUCCUUGAGAAACCACUGUCAGAAGAUAAACUUAGAAACAUAUGGCAACAUGUGGCUCACAAGGCAUUCAACGCAGGACCUAAGGAUCAAUCUGAAUUUGAGGUAAAGACAGAAUGUGAUCAACAUCAUGAGCAGAAAAUUGAGGAAGUAUCAGUUGAAAGUGACAAAUAUCCGGCUCCAUCAACCCCCCAACUGAAACAAGGUAUGAGAUUAGUUGAUAACGGCGAUUGUCAUGAUCAAGACCAAACUCACGUAUCAAAUGAGAAAGAGAGUGUAGAUCAUGAUGGUGAAUCCAAAUUUGUCGAAACUACUUGUGAUGAUUUAGUUGGUGAUACUACUACUACUACUAUUACUACCGUGACAAACUCGGCAAAGAGUUUGGAGGAGGGUGUUGGCAAGCCUACAAGUGAUGGGAGUUGUCCUGAUGUUCAAGAUGAUGGUAAGAAGCGAAAUGAACCAUCUGAUCGUCCCAAUACACGUGCCAGUAAAACCAUUCGGAAAAAAAUCAAGGUAGAUUGGACGUCCGAACUACACAAGAAAUUUGUACAAGCCGUAGAGCAACUCGGUGUUGAUCAAGCAAUACCAUCUCGUAUACUAGAACUCAUGAAUGUGGAGGGUUUAACUCGCCAUAAUGUAGCAAGUCAUCUGCAGAAAUAUAGAUUGCAAAGGAGACAUAUUUUGCCUAAAGAAAGUGGGCGUAAAUGGCCUCAAACUAGACAUUCAUCACCAAGAACCUACUAUCCACCGAAGCCCAUCAUGGCUUAUCCUCCAUAUUACCCUAGCCACACGUUCCCACCCAACCAAGUGUAUCCUGCUUGGCCACCUCCACACAAUUAUGCUUCGCCACCUCCACACAGUUAUGCUUCGCAACCUCAGAUGUGGUCCCCACCGUAUUACCAAGCAUGGCAGUCUUCGGAAAAUUGGAUGUGGAAUCCUUAUUCAGGGGUACAAGCCGAAGCAUGGGGCUGCCCAGCUGCACCACCACACGCAUCUUUUCCUAGAACUGCUUCUCCAUUUCAGAGUAGGGAUUCAAUGCAAACUAGCCAAAGCAUGCCAAAGAAUUCAGUCGAUAAUUACCCGGGAGAUGAAGUCAUAGACAAGGUGGUGAAGGAAGCAAUAAAUAAGCCAUGGCUACCCUUGCCAUUAGGCCUCAAACCUCCAUCUACAGAGAGCGUCAUUUCAGAGCUCUUCAAACAAGGGAUCUCAACCGUUCCCCCUCGAAUCAACGGUUCUCAUUGAUGCUGACAUGUUUGCCACCUCAACCGUCCCUCCGGUCCCCACACCAUCUGAUGUGAUGAGGAUCAAUAAGUUUCCUCAAACCUAUACAUUGCCAUUCACAAGAGUUUAAUGUGGUUGUAAAUAUUAGUUCCUAACCGAGACUUUGAUUUGUGGGCCCACACAUUUUGCUUGUGGGGUCCAAAGCUUGUGAGGCCCAUGUUGGUGGUGAGAAACUGGCCUAUGCAAUAAAGGUUUGUAUGUACAUCUUUGAAGAGAUGACAUGGAUGGGACUCUCAAAAUGGACUAAUCAAAAUGGUCCAAAUUUUCCUCAUUAAAUUGUGGUAGUGUUUAUUGUUUAUAGACCAA